CCUGGUGUUCGAAACGCCAUUUUGAAACUAUCGAAUUGUGAUUUUCGCCGCAUAUUUUUCGCAGCUAAUAAAAAAAAAAUGUUUUCUAUCAAAGUGCCCAUAAGUAUAAAUAUUCCUAAAUCUAUUAAUCGUUAUUACUUGGUGAAAAUAAAGCGAAAGUUGGGUGUGUUGCAUACUAUAAAAAUGAUUUUUGCCUUUUUGGAUUGGAACUGAAUACAGUCGAAUUGAAUUGAAUUUAAUAUGGAGGAACUUGUGCUGAUAAGCGCUUUAGGUGAUUGGAGAAAUAAACGAAACCAAAUAACUACAUAUAUAUAGUGCGACUGAUUCUGCUGACGUAAAAUACCCGCACAGAUAAUUACUUCUCCUACAUAACGGGAUUUCGCGGUAGCCGUAAGCUGAAAGUGGGCGACUACAGCUUUACACGUAAUAAAUCCUCUGGUGCGAAAACCUAUUGGUCAUGCGCACGCGCCGGCAUACACAAAUGCAAAGCGCGAGUUGUGACAAUAGACGAGGACUGCCGGCACGAUGUCAUUGUCAAAUGCGAGCAUCAUAAUCAUCCGCCGUUUUAGGAAGCUUGCUGCUAUAGAAAAUCCAAUUGUAUAUAAAUGAAUAUAAAAAAAUCGCGUAUAUAACUACAACAUAUGUAUAUAUAGCAACUAGAGGACAUGGAUGUGCGUGAAAAUUUGCUCUCGUUUACAAUGGGACAACGCGGCUGUACAUUGCUGGUAUUUAAGGGAUAUAAUUACGUACGAAAUAGACGUAGCGGCUUGAAGACUUAUUGGAUAUGCGCCAAAAAGGGGAGCACAAAGUGUAAUGCGCGUGUAGUCACCAAUGUUAUCGAUGGUGUGCAAAAAAUUGUCUUAGAAUCGUGUCGACAUAACCAUGCGCAAAAAGUUGCGCGCAAGAAGCGCAAAAAAUCCUUAGAGCAAGCAGUGCAAGCAAUUUUAAACUUUGAAGAUCCAAUCAAAUAUGAGCAAUUACAAUUAAAAAGCGGCGAAGAGCGCAGAAUUUGGCGAGCUACAACUCCUACCUGAUGAAUUUUAAAAUAAUCGAUUAUAAAGUUUUAGGCGAUAGUAAAAAAAUAUAUACUAGACUAGUGUAAAAAAAGUUUAUAUAUUUGUUUGAAGGUUUUUUUUUCAAUUUGCCGCAGGGUGUGAUUUACAUUGAGCACCUCAUUUGCAUUUGUACAUUUGGCGGCGACAAGCGUUUACUGAUCAGACUUUAACAUUACUAAAUUUUUUGCAGAAAUCGCUACUUUCACCACUGGCCAGCGCGGUUGCACUGUGCUCAUGUGUGGCAAUCAGAAAUUUGUGAAGA